AUGCUCAUUGCUCCCAUAUGUCUUUUAUUCUUGCUUGAGCUUUCUCGUGGGCUCAUGGUAUUGGUGGUAUUGGUCUUCACUAUUCUGGUAUAUAUCGUUGUGACUCUUGGAACGCCGGCCAGCCAGUUUGAAGCAUUUGUAGCGACUGUUGCAUAUUGUGCCUUUCUAGUCCAGUUCUUGGGGAAUCUUGGACGUGGGAGUUAG